UAAAAACAUUACAGAAGAAAAUAAGAACAAGAAACCUCUGCCCAAUUGCAGUAACAUUAUCACCUGUAUUUUUUCCGUGGUUAUUAAAGUAUUCAUUAAUUUACAAAAUACAAAAACAAAAAAUUGCAGUUAAGAGUAUUUCAGAAGAACCAGUACCAGAGUAAGAUACAUGGCUUGCAUGAAGCUUGGCUCUAAAUCUGAAGCGUUUCACCUCGAUGGCCACUCCUGGCACUGUUCAUCUGGGCUUGCUAGUGAUAUUACGAUCCACAUUGGAGAAAUGUCUUUUCACCUUCACAAGUUUCCUUUGCUGUCGAGGAGUGGGCUACUGGAAAAGCUGAUUGGAGAGCUGAAACAGGAGGAUGGAUCAGUAUGUGUUCUGCAGCUCGGGGAACUACCCGGGGGAGCCAAAGCGUUUGAACUCGUGGCGAAGUUUUGCUACGGUAUCAAAAUAGAGUUGACUGCCCUCAAUGUAGUUAGCCUAAGAUGUGCAGCUGAGUAUCUGCAGAUGAGUGAUGAAUAUGGAGAAGGAAAUCUCAUCACUGAAACCGAAGUUUUCCUGAAUGUCAUAUUUGGCAGUUGGUCUGACACCAUCAAAACUCUAGAGACCUGUGAAGAAGUCCUGUCUCAUGCUGAGGAGCUUCACAUUGUGUCGAGAUGCAUAAAUUCCCUGGCUAUGAAAGCCUGUGCUGACCCGAAAUUAUUUAACAGGCUUGGUUUGGGGGAGGAUAACGAGCAUAAAGAAGCCGAUGGAAUGUGGAAUGGGAUCACUUCAUCGAAUCAUUCACAAGAUACUGCUGAGGGGUGGUGGUAUGAGGAUGUUUCCUUCCUAAGUUUGCCACUCUACAAACGUUUGAUAGUUGCUGUUGAAGCUGCUGGAAUGAGUGCAAACAACCUCGCGGGAUCCUUGGUUUUCUAUGCUAAGAAAUAUAUUCCGUUGAUGAACAGGCAGUCGAGUUUCAAUGAUGCAAAUCAUUCCAAACAAGGAUCAGCCGUGUCCACCCCUUCUGAAGCCGAUCAAAGGGCUCUUCUUGAAGAGAUCGUCGAGCUACUUCCAAAUCAAAAAGGGGUUACACAGACUAAGUUUCUGGUCAGGCUGCUUAGAACUGCUAUGGUUCUUCAAACAAGUCCAUCUUGCAGGGAAAAUUUGGAGAGGCGAGUGGGAUUGCAGUUGGAUCAAGCCACUUUAGAUGAUCUGCUGAUACCUAAUAUGGGUUAUUCGGUCGAAACCUUGUAUGACAUUGACUGCUUCCAGAGGAUUCUUGAACAUUUCCUAUCAAUGGAACAGUCGGUGGCGCCUUCUCCUUGCAUUGUGGAGGAGAACCGAAUUGAUGAUGGACCGCAUUCGUUGACUUCAAUCACAAUGGUGGCCAACCUAGUGGAUUCAUAUCUUGCUGAUGUUGCUACAGAUGUUAACUUGAAGUUCCCGAAAUUCCAGUCUCUUGCGGCCGCAAUCCCUGAUUAUGCAAGGCCAUUAGCCGAUGGCAUUUACCGAGCCAUUGACAUAUAUUUGAAGGCACAUCCUUGGGUGCCAGAUGCGGAAAGGGAACAAAUCUGUAGAUUAAUGAAUUGCCAGAAACUCUCUUUGGAAGCCAGCACUCACGCAGCACAAAAUGAAAGGCUUCCACUCAGGGUGAUCGUUCAGGUGUUAUUCUUCGAGCAGCUUCGUCUGAGAACCUCAAUUUCGGGCUGGUUCUUUGUAUCUGAGAAUAUGGAGAAUUCACAAAAUCCCAGUGGGGUGCUGUCGAUGGGCAAAAAUGGCGGUUCGCUACAAUUCAGGAGGGGAUCAGGCAUCGAUGACAUGAAGUAUCGAGUCACGGAGCUGGAAAAAGAGUGCAAUAGCAUGAGGCAGGAAUUUCAUAAGCUGUUGAAAUCUAGAAGAGGUUGGAACAUAUUCUGCAGAAGAAGGUCGCACUGUCCUCAAUCUAAGCCUUGUAAGAUGUAAGAUCAUCUUCGCUUCCCGCAGAAUUUCAAAGUGGCCAUUGAAAUUGCUUAUCAAUCUUGUACUCACAUCUUAUGUGAGCUGCAGACCUAAAAAAAAUGAGAACUAUUCAUGGGGAAUUUGCAAUAUCUCAGACAUAUUUAUGGGCACAUUGAUGUCUUGAAUAUUUUUGAGGUCUGUGAUAGUCAGUUAGUAACAUCGGACCUGAAAAACUUUUGAUCUGGUA